AUGCUGACCCGUCAGCCAUCCAGCGGUCCUUCUGGAUCAUCAACCUUGGUUGAGGAUGAGUGGAACGAUGAGGAUCCGGAAACGCAGCAAGAUUAUCAGGAGUUCGCUAGUUGGCUCGCCACUUUUGACCAACCUCCUCCUGGUUCCUCACCACUUCCAGCCCUUCCAGCCCCUGAAACCGCUGGACCUGCAUCUAUGCACCCUCCACCGCCUCCACCUUCAAAGAUGGAUCUCGAGUCAUCCCGUGCUACCUUGCCUUGUGCAGUUUGCAAGAAGGUAAGUUCAUGUCAGUGCGCUGCCAUUGCUGCACUCAAGGAGCGCAUCAUCCAAAAGAAGACGGAGGUGAUGCUACGGCUCAACAAGGAGGCCACCGCGGUAAGUCUUGACUCACCUGGUACCACACCUGCAGGCCAACAUCCAGCAAAGCUACCAUGCGGUGAUGCCGAAGAGACACAGCCAAUGCACGAGUUUGGCUUCCAAGCGGCAACCAUGCAUUUAGACCUCGAGGACUCACAGGUGCCUUUUGAGAUGGAGCCAAGCUUGGGGCAAGCUGGGACUGAGGUGCUCACCCGUCGACAGCAGCUGAAGCUCAAAGACGACAUGGAAGCUGAGCGGAAGCGCAAGGAGUUUGAGAAGGAGCUUGAAAAGCAGGAAAAGAAGCGUGCUCCGAAGGUGAGUGCUGCCAAAGCGGAAGUUGCACCUAAAGCCAAAGGCAGAGCAGCCCAGAAGCGGGCCAAUGAGGAAGAGCCAGAGCCACCUGUGGGCGAGUCAUCAGGGCCAUCAAAUGGCAAGGCCAAAGCAAGGGGAAAGGCCGAGGCCAAAUCCUCGCCCAAGGCCAAGGCAAAGACCAAAGCCAGUUACAUGGCUAAGUUCUCUCCUCGCAUGAAGGCUCGUGCGGGCAAGAAAGCAAAGAGGGAGGACUCUGUGGACUCACAUGCUGUGAGCGUGGAGAUGCAAAACAGUGCUCGGCAAGUUGCUCAUGAGGUCGCAGGUAUGGGUGGCUUGCCUGAUCCGGCAGUCCGCACGCCAAGGCGGAGAUUGUUUCGUGCUGCGGAGUCACCUGCACAAAGUGAGCAUGGGCCUGAGGGGGCAGAGCCACAGCCAAAGGCAAAGGCUGCCGCCAAGAGGAAGGCUGCGGCCAAGAGGAGGGCAGCCCCUGCGGAGGAGGACGGUGAAGAGGGCGCUCCGCAGCCGAAGCGCCGGGCCAGGGCUCCGAGGGCAAGACCUUCUGUUGCUGAGGACCGACUUCUUCGGGAUGAUGUGAUCAUCCAGCGGAUCCGCCAGGAGAUGCUCGAGGUUGAGCAGACCUAUGCAGAAGUCGUGGAUAUCAAGAAUUACCUCAAUGACACUGUGCCGGAGUGGAAGUAUGUGAAGUUGAUUCCGUACUGGACUCGGUGUGCCACGGGUGUCAAAUGGCCUCUCUUGCCUGGCAGCCCGCAGGUGGCAUACUUCUCGGCACCAGAUGGCCAAGAUCUCCCUGGUCAUGCUGACCGAUGGACUCCAAGAAUGACCAGCACCCACAUGGCCGCGAGAAUCUUUGCAUCUUGGUUGGCGGGGCAGGGAUCUAUCGACCUGAGCGACCCUGAAGAAAGCCGCGAGUUCAAUUACAGGAUGUCCGUGGCGAAGUUUAAUCUCUCGCAGGCUUUAGGUGGUACUCCAGUGUAA